GUACUUACUGUUUAAAUAGCGUCCUUCCUCCCUUCCCUUUUUUCCCCUUGUCCUUUCGCUUUGCGGACUGCCUGCAGUGACCGAGUGUGUGCAACGUCAAAAAGCUUUUUGCUUUAGCUUUGCUGAAGAGUGCAAAAAUAAAAUCACCAUGGCCGGAAGAGGAACUGUGAAGCCCCAGAGUGGAUUCAAUGCCAAUAAUGAUGCAGAGGUUCUUUUCAAGGCUAUGAAAGGACUGGGUACGGAUGAGGCGAGCAUUCUGCAACUGCUGACUGCCCGCAGUAACGCUCAGCGGCAGCAGAUCAAGGCUGCCUACAAAACCCUGCAUGGCAAGGACUUGGUGAGUGAUCUGAAGUCAGAGCUGACUGGGAAGUUUGAGACUCUGAUUGUGGCACUGAUGGAGCCACCUACAUUGUAUGAUGCAAAGUUAUUGAGAAAUGCCACUGAGGGGAUGGGCACUAGUGAGCAUGUUUUGAUUGAGAUCCUAGCAUCUAGAACCCCCAGUGAGAUUCAAAACAUCAUCCAGACCUACAAAAAUGAGUAUGGUCAUAACCUGGAGGAUGAUGUGACUGGUGACACCACUGGACACUUCAAGAGGAUGCUGGUCAUUUUGCUCCAGGCCAGCAGGCAGCAGGGUGUACAAGAGGGCAGCAUACAGAGUGAUGCUAAGGCCCUCUUUGAUGCCGGAGAAAAGAAGUUUGGCACUGAUGAAGAGCAGUUCAUUACCAUUUUGGGGAACCGCAGUGCUGAACAUCUUAGGAGAGUGUUUGCAGAGUAUAUGAAAAUGUCUGGAUUUCAGAUAGAAGAGAGUAUAAAUAGAGAAACUUCUGGAAAUCUGAAAGAAGUGCUGCUGGCUGUUGUUAAAUGUGCCAGGAGUGUUCCAGCCUACUUUGCUGAGUGCCUGUACAAGUCCAUGAAGGGGGCUGGCACGGAUGACAACACCCUGAUAAGGAUCAUGGUCUCCCGCAGUGAAAUUGACAUGCUGGAUAUACGAGCAGAGUUCAGGAGGAUGUUUGCAACUUCUCUGAACAAGAUGAUCAAGGGAGACUCCUCUGGUGACUAUUGUAAAACCCUGCUUCUGUUGUGUGGUGGAGAUGAUGCCUGAAUGCACUCCUGAAUUGUUUCCACAUUUGAAGUAGUUGCAUACCUGAGCAUUUUGAGCAUUUUAAGCAUUUAUUAAAUAACACGCUCAUUUAUUAAGUUUAACAAUUUUCAAUUAAUUGCAUGGAUUUAACACGGUUCUAAAUAUUUAUCCUUUGUACAUUUACAAUAACAGUUUAUGUAACUACAUCUGAUGAUGUUUUGAUAAUAAGUGUUAAUAAAGGCUCAUUUGAUCAUGAAAGUUUUA